AUGUCAGUGCCAGGUGCCGACUUGCAGGAGCGCAUCGCCGCCGCUCGCCGUGAGGCCGACGGCCUCAAGGAGAAAAUCCGCGCAAAGAAGGAUCAGAUGGCCGACACCAGCCUUCGAGCCAUGGCCAACGACAUCGAGCCUUUGCCACGUAUCGUCAUGAAGCCCCGUCGCACCCUCAAGGGUCACCUCGCCAAGAUCUACGCCAUGCACUGGGCCAACGACAAGCGCCAUCUCGUCUCGGCUUCUCAGGACGGGAAGCUCAUCGUUUGGGACGCCUACACCACCAACAAGGUCCACGCCAUCCCACUUCGCUCCUCGUGGGUCAUGACCUGCGCCUACGCCCCCUCGGGCAACUGGGUCGCCUGCGGUGGCCUCGACAACAUCUGCAGCAUCUACUCGCUCCGCGGCCGCGACCCCAACAACAUCAAGGUCGGCAGGGAGCUCUCGGCGCAUACCGGCUACCUCAGUUGCUGUCGCUUCCUCAACGACCAGCAGAUCCUCACCUCCUCUGGCGACAUGAGCUGCAUCCUCUGGGACAUCGACUCGGGCACCCGCAUCACCGAAUUCAACGACCACACCGGCGACGUCAUGAGCAUCUCCCUCAGCCCCAACCCCAACGUCUUUGUCUCGGGCGCCUGCGACGCCAUGGCCAAGGUGUGGGACAUCCGUUCCGGCAAGGCUGUCCAGACCUUUGCCGGUCACGAGAGCGACAUCAACGCCGUCCAAUUCUUCCCCAACGGCGACGCCUUUGCCACCGGCUCCGACGACGCUUCGUGCCGCCUCUUCGACCUGCGCGCCGACCGAGAGCUCAAUACCUACACCCACGACAACAUCCUCUGCGGCAUCACAUCCGUCGGCUUCUCCGUCUCCGGCCGCAUCCUCUUUGCCGGCUACGACGACUACACCUGCAACGUCUGGGAUACGCUCAAGGGCGAGCGCGUCGGUGUGCUCGCCGCCCACGAGAACCGCGUCUCGUGCCUCGGCGUCAGCACCGACGGCAUGGCGCUCUGCACCGGUUCCUGGGACUCGCGCCUGCUGGUUUGGGCUUAG